GCCGCCCGCCAGCCGCCGCCGCCCGCCGUGGACUUCGGGGACCCCCGCGAGGCGUUCCGCAGCAAGAGCAGCGCCGAGCUGCUGCGCGGGCUGGUGGUGCUGGGGCUGUGCGCCGUGGGGCCGCUGGUGGAGCACAACCGCGAGCUGCUGCUGCUGAGCCGGCGGGUGCUGGGGCAGCCGCUCUUCGAGAGGCUGAUGAAGAUGACCUUCUACGGGCAGUUCGUGGCCGGGGAGGACCAGGAGGCCAUCAAACCCCUCAUCAGGAGGAACCAGGCCUUCGGCGUGGGCGCCGUGCUGGACUACAGCGUGGAGGAGGACCUGACCCCCGAGGAGGCCGAGCAGAAGGAGCUGGACUCCUGCACCUCUGCAUCUGAGAAGGAGAUUGGAGGAGCAGAGCAGAGGGAGAAGCAGUACCGGGCCCAUCGUGGAUUUGGAGACCGCCGUGGUGGAGUCAUCAGUGCCCGUACGUACUUCUAUGCUGAUGAGGCCAAGUGUGACCAGCACAUGGAGACCUUCCUACGAUGCAUUGAUGCUUCAAGUGGUAGCUCUGAGGAUGGCUUCUCAGCCAUCAAGCUGACAGCGCUAGGCAGACCCCAGUUCCUGCUGCAGUUCUCAGAAGUUCUGGUGAAGUGGCAGAGGUUUUUCCACCAAAUGGCUGCUGAGCAGGGCCAGGCUGGGCAAGCAGCCCUGGAGAUGAAGCUGGAGGUGGGAAAGUUGCAGGAGGCCCUGGCUAAUCUUGGCAUUGCGACCAAAGCAGAGAGUCAGCACUGGUUUACAGGCGAGAACCUGGGUGUGAGCGGCACUGUGGACCUGUUGGACUGGAACAGCCUGAUUGACAGCCGCACCAAGCUCUCCAAGCUGCUGCUUGUCCCGAACAUGCAGACUGGACAGCUUGAGCCUCUCCUCUCACGCUUCACUGAGGAAGAGGAUCUGCAGAUGAAACGGAUGCUGCAGAGGAUGGAUGUUCUUGCAAAGAGGGCUGCAGAGACUGGCGUGAGACUCAUGGUGGAUGCAGAACAGACUUACUUCCAGCCAGCCAUCAGCAGACUCACCUUGGAGAUGCAACGUCGCUUCAACAGGGACAGGGCAGUGAUCUUCAACACCUAUCAGUGCUACUUGAAGGAGGCUUAUGACAAUGUGACUUUGGAUGUGGAGCUAUCACGCCGGGAGGGCUGGCACUUUGGCACCAAGCUGGUUCGUGGUGCCUACAUGGAGCAGGAAAGGAAUAGAGCUGCCCAGAUUGGCUAUGAGGAUCCCAUCAACCCCACCUAUGAGAAGACUAGUGAGAUGUACCACAGGUGCCUGGACUAUAUCUUGGAAGAGAUCAAGCACAGCGGGAAAGCUAAUGUGAUGGUAGCCUCUCACAAUGAGGACACAGUCAAGCUCACCCUGCGCAGGAUGGCAGAGCUUGGGAUCCAUCCCUCAGAGAAGAAAGUGUACUUUGGGCAGCUGCUGGGCAUGUGUGACCAGAUCACUUUCCCACUAGGUCAGGCGGGCUUCCCUGUCUACAAGUAUGUGCCUUAUGGCCCAGUGAAUGAAGUACUCCCCUACCUGUCUAGGAGGGCCCAGGAGAACAGAGGCUUCAUGAAGAGAGUGAACCGAGAGCGAGACCUCCUCUGGAGCGAGUUCAAGAGACGGCUCUUUGCAGGCAGCCUUUUUGGCCCAAACUACUAACUUCUUUGUCUAGUGGGAUCUAGGUGUGGCACUUGGCUCAGCUGUGCCCAUGGAGAAGGGUUAUUGUGCCUUUGUGUAUAAGCACCAUUGCAGUUCCCUUUUCUAAUUUUAGUGUAGUUUUUCACCUAGAGGCCUUUGCCCUGGGCAGAGAAGUGCUCUUGUUGCUGUUUGAACCACAUAAGCAUUCUGGAGGACACUGGUGUAGGGCUGCCCUGACUACCAGCUAGAAAUGCCCAGAGGCAUUUUCCUUCUGCCAUGUGCCUAGCCUGAGCUGCAGCCCUGGGUUGGGCUGCAGCUGGGGAGUGUAACUCAGAUGCUGAAGAUCCCCUGCCUUGGUGAAAGUUGUCCUGGUGCUUUGCUAUGGUGAGCUUGAGGGUAGAAGAGCAGCCCCCUGCUUUGCAGCAUAUGCUUGGGUCUAAGGGCCAAGAGCUCAGCUGUCCGCAGCCCUCUCUGAACCAGCAGUAUAGGAUAACCAGGGCUAGGUCCUCCAGCUGGAACUGGAGCUUUACCUGUCUUCCAGCUACAUCUAUGCAGAUGCAAAAACUGAAGCUGGUGAGAUGACCAGUGGAAGGAAGGGGCAGGAUAUUGGGGGCCUCCUGCCUUUCUGAGGGCAGCUGAUUGCUGGAUACUCACUAGCUUUGCACAAACCUGAGUUGGGCUUCUGGGAAAGGCCUGACUCUUAGCCCUCUCAGGCCAAAGCUUUCUAGGGCUGCAGGUCUCUGCGUCUUCUACCCACAGCCUGAGCUAUGCUAUGUUAGCCCUCUGGUAUGUAGCAGGGGCAGAGCAGGGAGUGGAGUUGGCUUGCAGUGGUCACCACACUGUUCCUGUCCUGCCAGAGGGAGCAGACCCUGGUUGCAGGUGUCACUGCUCUGAUGCAAGGUGAACACAGUGCUGUGCCAAACCUGUAUUGUGGGCAGGGGAAGGCUGGGGAAGCUGUGUGCUUCCAAAGGGAGCACUUAAGAGCCAGUCUGCAUCUGGCUGGCUCUGCCAUACACUGGAUUUGUGGAGAGUAGCGAUGAUUAAAUCACAGCUGUUCCCA